AUGGAAAACAAUCUACCAGUGAUAUCAAAGAGAGUGUGGAGUCUCGUACGUGUUGCCUUCUUCAUGCUGAGAAAAGAAUUAUCAAAGGGUAAACUAAUGAUGAACUUAAACAUGAUACUCAGACGUCAUAGCAAGCUCGCUGGAAAAGCCAUUGCCAAUUUAAUAUCCCACCAUCCAAACCAUGGUGGCUCCACCUCAAACCGCCACUCCCACGGCUCACACCACCAAUUCACUUCCUCAAGGGAGUAUGAAUUUAGCUGUAGCAACACUCCCAACCACUUCUUCUCAAUAGGAAAGCGUCACCACAACCACAAGCACAAUACUCAAGCAAAACUUACACAUGAUGAUGAGGUGAUGACUAUGAGUUCAAUGAAGGCGGUGGUGGAGAUUCUUUACAAUGAUCAAGCGAUUGUAGAAGCGUCUCCAGGUUUCCCUUUAAGAGAUGAUGAUGAGAAGAAUAAUCAAGUUGAUAAGGCAGCUGAAGAUUUCAUAAAAAGGUUUUACAGUCAAUUGAGGAAGCAAGAUUGA